GUCCCCCACAAUAAUGAGUCCUCGGCUCAUGUCGGUAGCCCGCCCAACACCCAGCGGGACUGGUACAUCGUCCGAGGUCUGCUCCGUGCUAUCGGCUUGGUGGACGAGGAUCCUGCCCACGGUUAUGUUGUUGCAGCCGUUGAUACGGGCGACGAGUUCACCUCCAAGAGGCCAGGCGUUAUUGCUGGGCUGGUCAUCGUGUUGGUGGCCAUCACGGGCGUGACUGGCGCACGCCUGGCCAUGAGGGCGUCUGUGUCGCAGAUGCGCUUUGGGGCGGACGAUUGGGCUACCAUCGCCGCAGCGCUCGUCAUGGCCAUUGUUGGAGGAGGGGACCACAUUUGGCAACACACUUAUGAGGAGUACAACAUCUUCAACUAUUACGGCACAAUUGACAAGCUCAUCUUCUAUGUCACCGUCGCCCUGAUCAAGACAUCCCUCACCCUCUUCAUCCGGCGGCUUGCCGACCGAACGUCCCUCAAGUGGCGCUGGUUCUGCGACUUGUUUCUCUUCACCUUGGCGGUCUAUAUCAUCGGUGCCAUUUUCUGGUUCUGCUUCUCGUGCGACCCGGCACGUGCCCAGUGGGACAGGCUCUACGGUGGUCAGCUGGACACGCCGGCGAGUUGUGUCAACACGGUCUUGCAGGGCGAGGUGCUCAACAUCACGCAUGUCGUGCAGGGUGUCAUCCUGCUCUCAAGCCCUGUGGUGAUCCUCUGGAAGGUCAGGAUGAAUAGCAAGAAGAAGAUGCGGCUGUUCCUCAUAUGGGCCGUGGGGCUGCUGGUUGUGCUCUUCGGCCUCAUGAGGAUGCUGAGGACGAACUUCACGAGCGACAUCACCUGGACGUACACGGAGCUGCUCGUCUGGACAACGUUGGAUGUCUCAGUGGGCAUUGUCGUCAUCUCCCUCCCCGUGCUGGACGCAUGGCUGGCCGACGGAGCACGCAAGGCCAUGACCAAGAUG